AUGUUAAAGAGUAUUCAAACUAGUCUUCCAACAAAUCUGCGAAAUACAAUGGAUCCAAAAUUCAUUUUCGUACUAUUUUUUGUUGAGGUUGGUUCAUUAAUUUUCAAUAGUCUUCAUAUAGCAGCUUCAGAACUUCAUGUUCACAAUGCAUACAAUCAAUUACCUGUUAUCUAUCAUAUAUCCGCAAAUUCUUAUUCUUGUUUUUCGUCCAUCAAUUAUUGUAUUUAUGAACAAAAACAGCUGCGUUUUUUGAAAUUUCUUGAUCUGAUGUUUAUUUCAAUUAUCGUUAUAUGUUACGGUUGCUUAUUCACCAUUAUCAUUUGUCAAUGGGGAAAUAUUAAAAUUCGUCCCAAUUUAAAGAUUACAUGGUAUUCGGCAUUAGAAUUAUUCGUUUUACUUGUACUUGCUCUCCAUACACUUCUUAUGAUUAUUCUUUUCGAACGCGAUACUGCGAAUACUAAUCAAUGCAACAAACAAAAUGGUCUAGUACGUGUCGAAAAUCUUUUUAACUACUUCGUUCUUAGUAUACUCGAAGUAGCUUAUAUCUGCUUUGAUCUGGUGAAUCGACAAAUGUCAUCGAUUCCUAUUCCGCAUCCAGAUUUUGAAUAUGGUGCUCAAACAGCCGAACGUAUUCGUCUUCCAUCCUCGGAAAAUAAUCAUCAUGUUAUUAGAACCUGGAACUAA